AUGCUGCAAGGCAAGAGCUCGCUGCUCUUCACCUAUGGCGUCACCGGCGGCGGCAAAACGUACACGAUGGCGGGCGGACCCAUGGCAGCCGGCAUCCUGCCAAGAACCGUCGACGUUCUCUUCAACAGCAUCAAGAAUAAGGCCGACAAAUACACCUUCCAACCGGACAACCGCAACGGCUUCUACGUCAGCACGCCCGAGGAAGCGGCGCAAGCUCGGCGAGCCAAUGAUCGAAACGACCCCGACUACAGCACGCAUAUCGUCACCGAGCGUCAGGUUGAACCCCGACAGGUAUCCGGGUUCUCGGACCACUACGUCGGCUCGGUGUUCAUUACGUUUGUCGAAGUCUACAACAAUUACAUCUACGAUCUCCUCGACGAUACCAGAGAGAAGCCGAUUUCGCGCGACACGCGCACGGACAUACGGAAUGCGGUUUAUGUAGAAGGGGCUACGGAAGUCGAGGUGGAGAGCGCCGACGAGGCAAUCGAAUGGCUAGCGCGAGGUGAGCAACGUCGCCGCGUCUCCGACACGUUGCUGAACAAAUCAUCGUCCCGCUCUCACUCCGUGUUCACCAUCCGUCUCGUGCAGGCGCCUUUCGAGUCUAACGAGUCCUACUACCCGACCCAAGAUGUUAAGAAGCAGUUUUUCGAGGGAGCUGGGAAAGUGCGAAUGAUUCUCUGCAUCAACCCCAAGCCUGCCGACUAUCAGGAAAACCUGAACGUACUCGAAUUUGGCGAGGAAAGUCGCGCCAUCAAAGUGCGGGCCGACGAAGACAGACUGUUUGACAGUGGCGCGGACCGCCCGCCGGUGCCGAAGCGCUUCUUCGUGCGCUGGAACCAAGAGGCUGAUCGGAUCGACACGUCUUCCCAAGGCUCCUCCAUCGCGGACAUGGCUCAACAGCCGCCUGAGCCCGAGGGCGAUGACGAUGCGCAAUACAUCAAGCGAAUGCGCGUCUGGCGUGAAGUGGUCUCGCUGCGCACCAGAUUGCGCCACUACGAAGAAGAAGACGCAAUGGCCGUCGACCGAGAGGCCCAGCGCCGCCAAGAGGACAAGCUGCAGCGCCAACAGUACAAGGAUACGCAACGGGCUCUGAAAAAGGUGAGCUCCGUUUUCUGGGCCCUACAUUUUUACAGUCGCCCAGCUGAAGACCCAGUUCUUGGAAGGAGCUGGAGGGUCGAAAUCCCAGCCGGGACCGUCCACCAGCGGCGGAAACCGGCGUCCGGCCGCCAGGAAAACGACUUCGUCGUUGGGAAUGGUGUGAGCGCGUUUGAUCCGCGCUUCAAGCGAAGGUCGAAAUCUGUGCCCCGGGUCCUCAUGCAUCAAUCCAACAUCCGGACUCCUACUUCGAACAUUCUGCGCCCAAAGCUACCUCCAAAUGCGAUGUCCACUGCCGCGCCGGGCAGCCGUGACCUCAGGAAGAGCUCGGAGUACAUGCUGACCCAUGAGGGCCUCGACAAAAAAGGAAACAUGGCCACGAGUAUUGUCAAGGGUCGCGUGAUCCCCACGGCCGGUGGCGGCACAGCCGUCUGCUUCGACGACGUCGAGAAGGCGACCAGCGAAAAGGACUUGAUCAACCGCACGACGCUCUUUAUUUCUUCAACGGGUGUGAAUUUCUCUGUGAUGAAGUACGGGCUGUCUGACGAGGACGGGCUCGUCGACCUCAAAAGUUCUUUUUCGACGCCACCAACUCAAAUGGACCGCCCAUCCCGACAUUUUACUCCCGGCCGCACCAGUUCGAAAGUCAUCCGCCGAGUUCGAGAUCUGAUCUCCGAAUUACUGCAACGUGCUAAGGUAGCUGGCAAAAAACAGGCUGAGAAGAUGCAGCUGCAGCAGUCGGCCGUCAAGGCAAAAGCCGAUGCCGAUUGGCCUACCUACAAGCGGAAAUCUUUGGCUGAGGUUCUCCAAGAAAAGGCGAAAGUCCAUCCCAUUCGCAAUGAGCGUCAGGAAAAUAGACGAUCCACCAGCACGACAUUCGCCACGGCUUCCCCGGUCGCAAAGCACCCAGCUGUUCAUGGGACCUUUCCGUCUACUCCAGCUUUCAGGUCUUCGGUGCAAGACCCGUUUGGCCCCUUCACUUCGACACCUAUUCGUGCGAGCCUGCUGCCUGGACUGGAUUUCAACUUGACGCAAACGCUGAAUAAUUCACAAUCUUCGGCUUCGCAAACGAAUUCUUUGACGCAAGUCUCGGCGAACGUCCCGUUACAUCAAGAAAACCAAUUCACGAAUUUCGAGGCUCCUCGCCAUGAGCCCACUUUCCCCGUUAUCUUGACAUCUCCAGUUGAAAAAAAAGAGGUUCAUGAGACUAGCACCGCCGUCACGUGCUCUUCCGGUCCGGCCGUCAAAUUGCUGAUCGAAAGACCGGAAGCACCGAAGGUCAGCCCUCAAACGGGCGCCACGAAUGGCGGCGACAAGCCGAUCGUGCUGACUAGCUGCAACGUGAGGCUGCCCACCUCCUCGCCGGUCGGCACGACCAACGUCCAAAUAAAAAACGAGCACGGAAUCAUCUACUCCUGCAGCCGAAGCGUCACCCCGGGAAAGCUGAACAGCUCCGGGGCUUCCAAUGUCGUUAAUGCGUCGCCUGCGAGGUUGGACUUCUCAUUUGGCUCCAUCGACAAUCUGCUGGCCGACUCAAUCAAGAAACAGAACCAUGUGGCGCUGAAUGUCAAAAACGAGGAACAGUUAGAUAAAAGGGCUGACAACCAGGAGGACAAAGAGAACGCGACGACGCCGUGUCUAGACUCCACUACGCUAGGUUCGGAGCUCGAGAGGAGCGCCACGAACAGCCCAGUUACACCUGCGGAAAACCGGGACGGACGCCGCAGCCCGAUAAAGCCUUCUCUCCUCGACUACUAUGCGAAGGAGGUUCAGUAUAAGAACGAGUUGGAUGCCCGAAUGAAGACUAUCGAGACACAACUGGAUGCAACCUUACGCUCCCACAUCAAGCGCUCCGUCCAAGAAAAGAUCAACAUCACAAUCAAACGCCAGGUGACAGACGAGGAGAUUGUGAAUGUGGCGAAUUUCUUCGGAAAUCUUGCCGUCGGACAUUCGCUGGCGGGAGCCAAGGAGCAAAGCCUCAAACUGAGUUCGGCCGCUGAAGUAUUCUAUAUGCUCAACACUGCUUGCGACAAAUUCUUGAGACAGGCCGAACAGAAUGUCCAUCUCUGUGAAGUGGUCGCCCGAAUAUUGGUCUCGGUGGCCAUGAAGCAGCUCCCCUUUGCGAAGAUUGUCCUUGGGCGGCUCUUCUGCACUUGUCUUUUUCUGGGAAUGGACCGGGAAAAAUGCACCGGAAUGGCCGAGACAGUCGGCAAUAUGGAGGCGGACCCGCGAAAGUUGUUGAUGGACGCGCAGCGCGCAUUACUACGCGUAUUUUUCUACAUUCAUCGUAUCACACUCGAGCAGCGGGCGGAUGUGCAGCGGUUUCAAUUCAAGAACGUUUGGCGCACCCUGGCGUUCGUCAUCAACGAUCCGCCGGUGGACCUGGCCACGCCGUUGGUGUUGAACGAAUUACUGGAGAUCUGCGGUGAUCAGUUGAAGGCUACAUACGGUGAAGUGAUGAGCCGUACGCUGUCUUGCAUCCGUCACGAAUUGCUCGACUUGCUCGAAGAACAGCUGCUUGCUUCCCGGGUGCUCCAGAGGGCCGGACAAGCCACCUAUCUGACCAUCCUUCGCAAUCGAUUGGACGAACUUUUG